CAUUACAUUUGUAAAUUCGCAGGAUGUACUAGCUUCGAAUAUUAAUGCAAAACUUGCGGUUACUUAACAAAGGCAUGACAUAUAGGAGUUUAACAAAAAUAACAUAGAAUUCUAUUAAUAUCCGGCAGUCUACGUCUUCAGCAUGGUGCUUACAGAGCGUGCGUGUACGUAGAGUUUGUCAAAGAGAAUAUACAGUUUAUUAUUUAGUAAUGACGAAAGAAGACGCAUUCCCACCGAUCAUUAGACUUCAGGCUGAUGACACGACAGCAUUUCUUCGCGCUGCUCGGUCCGGCAACCUCGAGAAAGUGGUCGAAUUUCUCGAUACUGAUUUAGAUAUUAAUACCGCCAACUCGAAUGGUUUAAAUGCCUUGCAUUUAGCCUCGAAGGAUGGUCACGUCGAAAUAGUAACCGAGUUAUUAAAGAGGGGCGCAAAGGUUGAUGCGGCGACGAAGAAAGGAAAUACAGCGUUACACAUAGCUUCGUUAGCUGGCCAGUGCGAAAUAGUCAAUAUACUUAUUCAAUAUGGUGCCGAGGUUAAUAUCCAGUCGCAAAACGGAUUCACUCCUUUAUACAUGGCUGCGCAGGAGAAUCACGAUCAGGUCGUCAAACUCCUGCUCAACAAUGGAGCGAAUCAAAGUCUCGCGACUGAGGAUGGAUUUACACCGCUCGCUGUGGCAAUGCAGCAAGGCCAUGAUAAGGUGGUUAGCGUACUCCUAGAAAACGAUUCGAAGGGCAAGGUCAGACUACCGGCACUCCAUAUCGCCGCCAAGAAGGAUGAUUGCAAAGCCGCUGACUUGCUCUUACAAAACGACCAUAAGCCCGACGUGACAUCGAAGAGUGGUUUCACCCCUCUCCACAUCGCCGCUCAUUAUGGAAACGAGGAGAUAGCACGGUUAUUAAUAAAACGAGGAGCCGAUGUAAAUUACUUAGCUAAGCAUAACAUAAGCCCGCUACACGUGGCGGCAAAGUGGGGCAAGAAUAAUAUGGUUAAGAUAUUGUUGGAAAACUCGGCGCAAAUCGAUGCCAAAACCAGAGACGGUUUAACUCCGCUACAUUGCGCAGCACGAUCGGGACAUGAACAGGUUGUCAGCACGCUUCUUGAACAUUCGGCGCCGAUCAGCGCGCGUACUAAGAAUGGGCUGGCACCGUUACACAUGGCCUCUCAAGGAGAUCAUGUGGAUGCUGCAAGAGUGCUGCUGUACCAUCGGGCGCCAGUAGACGAAGUGACCAUCGACUAUCUGACUUCGCUCCACGUUGCCGCACACUGCGGUCACGUUAGGGUCGCCAAGUUGCUACUCGAUCGUAAAGCCGAUCCGAACGCUCGAGCUCUGAAUGGCUUCACGCCGCUCCAUAUCGCUUGCAAGAAGAACCGCAUCAAAGUGGUAGAACUCCUGCUGAAGCACGGCGCGUCCAUCGAGUCGACCACGGAGUCCGGACUGACUCCAUUACAUGUGGCCAGUUUUAUGGGGUGUAUGAAUAUCGUGAUAUUCCUACUGCAGCAUGAAGCCAAUCCUGACGUGCCAACUGUUAGGGGUGAAACACCCCUGCAUCUGGCAGCUAGAGCUAAUCAAACAGACAUUAUUCGAAUUUUGCUAAGAAAUGGUGCCAAAGUCGAUGCUCGUGCAAGGGAACAGCAAACACCGCUUCAUAUAGCGUCUCGAUUAGGAAAUAUCGACAUUGUUAUGCUGCUGCUGCAGCACGGCGCGGCUGUGGACACCGCUACGAAAGAUAUGUACACGGCGCUUCAUAUCGCGGCGAAGGAGGGUCAAGAGGAGGUGGCGGCCAUUCUUGUGGAGAACAAUGCUUCUCUUAAAGCUGCAACGAAAAACGGCUUUACACCCUUACAUAUCGCGGCUAAAUACGGAAAUAUGAAUGUUGCAAAUAUACUCUUGCAAAAAGAAAGCAAACUCGAUGUCCAAGGAAAGAACGAUAUCACACCCUUGCAUUUGGCAUGUCACUAUGAUCAUCCAAACGUUGCGACUCUUUUAUUAGAAAAAGGAGCGUCGCCUCAUCUUGCGUCGCAAAAUGGACACACUCCGCUACAUAUCGCUGCUCGCAAAAACCAGAUGGACAUUGCUUCUACUCUCUUGGAGAGCGGGGCGAACGCAAACGCGGAAUCCAAAGCGGGUUUCACCCCGUUACAUCUGAGUGCGCAGAAAGGACAUUAUGAUAUGACAAAUUUGCUAAUUGAACACGGUGCCAAUCCUAAUCACAAAGCCAAGAACGGACUCACGGCGUUGCAUUUAUGCGCCCAAGAAGAUUUCAUUAGGGUGGCCUCUAUCUUGGUGAAGAACGGGGCCGACGUUGAGAGUCAAACAGAGACUGGCUACAGACCGAUACACGUGGCCGCGCACUUCGGAAAUCUCUCGAUGAUACGCUUUUUGUUGAAACAUAACGCCACGAUUGACGUUAGAACUAAUCAGAAUUACACCCCGCUUCAUCAGGCUGCCCAACAGGGUCAUGCUCAUAUCGUCAGCGCUUUGUUGGAAGGAAAUGCUUCACAUAAAGCGCGUACUAACGAUGGUUUAACAGCACUGAACAUAGCACAAAAAUUAGGAUAUAUCUCUGUGAUGGAAGUGCUGAAAGGAUUGCCUUACGACAGCAUGACUCCGGAUAACAAAAACUGGGAGGAAAAGUACAAAGUAAUAGCCCCAGAAAGCUUGCAAGAGACUAGUUUUAUGUCUGAUUCGGAAGACGAAGGAGGUUCUGAUGCGUUAAUUAGCGAACAACCUUAUCGAUAUCUCACGGCAGACUUGAUGAAAAGUUUAAGGGAUGAUUCGUUGCCUAUUGAUGUUACUAGAGAUGACCCGGUGCACAGACAAGUUACAAAAGAAGAAAAGCAGGAAUUUACACAAAGCAAUAAUUACUGUUUAGCAGAAAAUUUUGAUAACGAUGGACUGAAUCUGGGGAAGCUGCACUUCAGAUCAUUUUUAAUAAGCUUUCUGGUGGAUGCACGUGGUGGUGCCAUGAGGGGAUGCAGGCACAGCGGUGUGCGUAUUAUUGUACCGCCUCGAAGAGCAACGAUGCCGAUUCGCGUAACGUGUAGACUAGUAAAAGCAAAUAAAGUUGCAAAUCCGCCUCCUUUGAUGGAAGGGGAAGCUCUUGCCACUCGAAUUAUCGAGAUGGGUCCUGUGAGCGCAAGAUUUUUAGGACCCGUCUUAAUUGACAUACCGCACUUUGCGUCUGUUCACGGGAAAGAACGGGAAAUUAUUAUUCUGCGAAGUGAAAAUGGAGAAACGUGGAAGGAACACGAUAACUCUGUGGAUAAUGAUGAUACUCUCCUUAAUACGCCUUACGAUCCUCAAAUGAGCGUUGCACACUCGGGCAGAAUCACUCGCAUAAUCACCACAGACUUUCCACAGUAUUUUGCUAUUGUGACCAGAAUCAAGCAAGAAGUUCACGUUAUCGGUGCCGAGGGUUGCAUUUUGUUAUCCAGCGUGGCGAACCAUGUGCAGGCAGUUUUUCCACCGGGAGCGUUAACGAAGAAAAUCAAAGUUGGCUUGCAGGCACAUGUUAUUCCGGCUGAACUUACGGCCAAACUGCUAGGCAAUUGUGUUGCCGUUUCACCGGUGAUCACGAUCGAACCCAGGCGACGGAAGUUCCAUAAACCGAUAACCCUUACGAUUCCCGUGCCGCAAGCCGCGAACAAGGGGAUGAUCAAUCAGUAUGGUGGAGAAACACCUACGUUACGCCUCUUGUGUAGCAUUGCGGGUGGAACCAACGAGUCACAAUGGGAAGAUGUUACCGGAUCAACGCCGUUAACCUUCAUGAACGAUAGAGUGUCGUUCACCACUACCGUUUCAGCAAGAUUCUGGUUGAUGGACUGUAGAAAUAUUGGCGCAGUACCGAAAAUGGCAACGGAGUUGUAUGAGGCAUCCUUACAUGUGCCAUACAUAACGAAUUUCAUAAUAUACUCGAAGAGAAUGGAUGUGUUGGAAGCUACAUUGCGAAUAUUGUGUAUGACCGAUGGCAAAGAAGGCAUGCAUACUUUGGAAAGACAAGAGGAAUUUACAGAAAUUGUUAAAAGUCGCGAUGUUGAGGCACUCGAUGGGAAAGAUCUUUAUAUUGAAUUUAGUGGGAAUUUAGUGCCAGUAACGAAGUCCGGUAUGCAGUUGAAGUUCACGUUUAGGGCUUUCCGGCAGAAUCGAUUGUCAUUCCAUGUUAAAGUGAAAGAUCCAUUACUGGAUCCAGUAGCAAGGAUGUUGUUUAUGCGGGAACCAAAAGUUGCUAAAGGAGAACCACCUCAGCAGCCUGUUUGUGUGUUAAAUAUUGUCCUUCCCGAAACAAUUGUUAAACAUGACAUACAAAAGAGAUUAAAAGGUUACGAAGAUUCUAAUAUCAUAAAUCAAAAAUUAGAUUACUACAAAUCAAAGUACAAAAUGGAACAAAUGGAGAAAACUGAUAAGCCUAAAGAGACCUCCUCGCCAACAGAAAAAAAGUUCAUUACCGACACGUUACAAAAGGAACAAACAGAUGCCGCUAUCCACGAAUCCUUUGCACAAAAAGCGGCUUGUCCCCUAGAAUCCGUAGAUGCUAGUUAUCCCAAUAAAGUAGGCGCCGGUCAGUCGGAACCGGAUCUGUCGCCCGAUCUCGAAAGGCAGACGUACUCGGAGAAGCGUAAAUUCUGGGAGGAUAUCUCGAGGAAACGCGAAAACUACCAGCGUUCCGAAUCCGAGAUCUCGAGGACCUCUCAGUUGACCAUUAACGAGAGCGAUAGCGAGUGCCUGCCAAAUGUCGUGUCCGAGGAGGGUGACGGGACAACGGAGGGUAUGUCGGACGUCAUAAGAUCGGAGACCAUCGAGGACAUCAAUGUGCCAGAUAUCUCGGAGUGUUCGGUGGCGGAAAAAGCGCAUUACUUUGAGGAGCAAAUACAGAAGGAGAUGGCGAAGGGAACACCAAAAGUGCAACAAGACUCUUCCAAGUCUGAAAAAGACAAGUCUCUCAAAGGCAAGUCAAUCGACGAGCAGAAAAGUCGCGCGGAAAAGAGUACGGUGGAAAUGACAAAAGAGAAGAUUGAUAUUCAGGAAAAACAUGUGGCGGAAGCGAGAGAGAUAGAGAAGAUUUUGAAGGCUGCUACAGAGAGCGAUAAAUGGACGAAGGAGCCGUGGAAGGAUAAAAGGAAAAAGGACGACGACAAAGAGGUGCGUGAAGAAGUUCAAAAGAUAACAACUCAGCCGAUGAUGGAGAUUUGCAAGGAAUUAUUGAAUAAGGAAAGAGAACUCGCUGAGGAAACGCACAUGAAGCCCGAUACAUCGACACACAUCGUGCAAGAAGAGGAACGACCGGAGACGUCAUUGAGCAAGGAGAAGUUGGCCGGAAAGCAAACGACAACGAAGGAAACAACAAUCACCUAUAAGAUACAAAAAGACGGAACUCAAAUGCAGGAGCAGAUCCACAAAUCGAUGCAAAUCAAAGAUGCGAGUGGUAAAUCAGUUCCAGAAGUUAGCGUAGAAACAAAGAUAUUUAAAAAGAGUUUACCAGAUAUCAUGUACAAAGUGCAAACUAUGGGCGACGUUGAGAGAUCACAAACGGACAUUAGGACCGAAUCGUUUCCUUUGGAUGAUAAAAAGGAGAUCGAGCAAUUCCUCGAAGAAGAAAGGCGAAUCAUCGAAGAAGAGGCGGCAAAAAAGAUGAUGGCUGGUAUUAGUCUCGACAAGGAGAGAAAAUCCACUGUUGACACAGAUGUCAAACAGAUGAAGAAAGAAUCUCGCAUUCCGAUUUCCACUGCAAUGGCUGAGAAGGAUAAAAGUCAGAAAGAAGGAAAAGGCAAAGUAGAGAAACCUGAGGAGAAAUCUGAGGAGAGACCGGUAAAAAGUUCUCUAAUCGCGGAGAAAGAAAAGGACGUUGCCUCGCCAUCCAGCAAAAAGAAAGAAUUUGAAUCCCGUAUACCUAAACGUAUCAUGGAAGGGGCAAAGGAUAAAGAAGGAGCAAAGAAAGAUUUGCCGGGACAAAAAGAUGGCGAGACCAUCACUAUCACCGAGAGGAAAUCCAGCGAGGAGGUUACUUCGCGGCACGAGGAACACUCGACCACGAAGAGUAAGACGCAAACUUUUUCCAAAGCCUUCACCGACGCGCAGGACGCGUUUAAAAUGUUCGAGGACAUAAGUGCGAUGAGAGACAAGGAUUUUGAUACGGUUACUUCGAAGGUUGACACAAAGGCUACAAGUAAGGUGGAGAAGAAGGAGGUGUUUUCGUCGGAAAUCUCCAGCGGCGCGGAUAAAUUUAUAACUCAUGAGGAGAAGGAGAAAGUGGAACGGAAAAAAUCCUCGGAGUCUAAGCUGACUAAGGAGUCAUCGGCUGAGACGAAAGAGGAGAAAAAGCGCAAGAGCGAAGAGGUGGAUAAGACCGCUGUGCAGAAGAUGUCAAUGAACGUGAUGGAAGGUAAAGAAGUGAUAGACGCGAGCGCUUCUGAGUCUAGAGCGAAGAGUGAAAAGGAAGAAUUAUUUAAACUGCUAGAGGACAGCGAGGGAACCGCGACGAAAAAAUCUGGAACUAGUAGGGACAGGCAAAGCGACGUGGAUGUGGCGAUUAGGAUCAAGAGGGACGACGCAAAGAAAGUAGAGGAUGUUAAGGAAUUGCCUAAAACAGCCAAGGUCGAAGGAAUAGACUUGGAAAAGGUUGAAAUGGUCGCUAAAGGACAAUCUUACAGAGAGAGCUUGGAGAGUUUUAAGGAUGAGCAAUUUGUACCUAGUCAAAGAGACAAGACAAGGGAUUCGACUGAAAAAAUUAAAAAAGACGAACAACUUUCGAGCAGAGAAGCUCCGAUAUCUUUGGAGAAGAAAGAACAAUUAAUCGCCAAAGAAAUCGAAGCGCGGAAUAUAGCGGAGGGUCUGAUACAGUCGAUUGAGAGUGAAAUUGAGAGAAGAUCCUCGACGUCGGGAUUGAAAUCGCAGAUGUUGAGUAAAGAAUAUUUAGAUCAGUUGAUGUCUGAGAGCAGCGAUACUGAUCAUGAGAAACUGGCAGACGACCUAACGAAAAAAUUCGAAAGCAUUAUGCAGAAGGACGAACAAUUGAUGGAUCAUCCGAUUGCGCGCUCGAAAAUGUCCAUACAAGAAGAAAUAUUCGAGAAAGAAUACAGAGACAGUAUAAGCGAGGACAUAACAAAAGAUGAGGAAUCGUCAGCGCAUGAUCGAGAGGAAAGUUUACAGUCAUCUUCGCAAGCGAAACUCCAAGACAGAGACAUUACUAUAAGCCCAAGCAGUAUAUCCGAGCAGAUUGAUCUUGAAGAAACUAUCGACGUUGAUACUGGUGAACUAGAGGAUAUAUCUAAGCCUACGAUCAGUCCACAAUCCGAGAAACUUCGUUCGGACAGAUCGAGCGGUCAUAUUGAGCCACUUCAGAGGGAUAUAAGCGAUACUCUCUCAAAAGACAAAGUAGUGUCGGAGAUUUCGGGUGCUAGAGUGCUAGAGAUCUUGGAACCAGGUAUAGACAGUCGACAGGACUCGUUCGACGUGCCGUCCUUGGAGUUAGACGAGCACAAAGUAUCCGAACAGACUAGCAGGGACGUAGCUUCCUUACACGAGAGUGUGGCUGUAGAUUCUUUGGACAAAAUCGCUCAGGAGAAAGACGUGACUGUCAGUUCUAGCACAGUGUCCGAGGACGCUGUGUAUCCUCCGGCUCACGAGCGUGUUUCAUCGAGAGAAUACGACGCAGGGGAUAGACGAAGGGCGGACAGUUUCGAAAUCGAGAGCCCGCCGUUGGUCUCACCAAGGGUGAAAAAUGUACGCGAUCUGGAGAUCAAGCCGGUGGAUUGGAUGAUCGGCGAUGAGAAGAUUGAGAUAUCAGAAACGCUACAGCCCUCUCAGGUGUUCAAUCAGGAGCUGGAGGAGUACGAAUCGUCCUUACAACGUGCCCGCACUUCCUCGCAGGAUGAAUCCGUGGACUUGGAACAAGAGUCCGUUACUAAGUCUUCGGAGGAGAUCAGUGUGAUUGAAUCGAUCAAAGAAUCGAUUGCCAGUGAUGUUAACGUGGCUGUAACGACUACUACGACGAAGGUAACAAAAUUUACCGUGACCCCGGUGACCGAGCCGGACUUCGAAAGCGAACUGAUAGAAAAUAAAUUAGAUAUUUCUUGUCAAGAGUUGAUCGACACUCUGCAACGGGAAUACGACGCCAAGACGCCGACGGACGAAUACGCGGCUAGGAUACGACAAUCGAUACCUCGUGAAGAUUUUGACUGGGAAACGAGUAUUACCGAAGCCGUUACGGAAAUGAUACCUAUGAAAGAGGAGGAAGUGAAAGAUUUAACUGUGGAAACUAAAGCUCCGGAAACAAGCAAAGAAACUUUCCAAAGAGACAUUUCUGCGGAUAAAGUAUCUACAAUGAAGAAAGAAAAAGUGGAUGUUAUGCAGCAUUUUGUAGCUGAAGAAACACGAAAACAGGAAAAACUUGAAGCUACCGAUAAGACAAUAAAAGAGUCAGAAGCCACGAAAGAAGAAUCAGAACUACCGAAGUGCGCGAGAGUUGAUGACGUGCUAAAAGAAUGGACGGAGACUUAUUUGGCGAAGAUCAAACCUCCCAGUGAGGAAUAUAAACGACAUAUGGAAAAAACCACCGACAAGCACGACAAGCCUAGCAAAUCGACGACUGCUCCUUCCGAUACUUGUGCCUUGAAAAUAAAGAAAGAUGAUCUCCAGAGCGUCGAUUUGAGCGCGCGAUACGCGAUAACGGUGCUCGAUCAAGUGGUGAAAAAAGAAAUUGCCGAGGUGAAAGAGUCCUUGGAAGCCGCUAAACAGGACUUGAUAGAAGAGUUGAGCGAGAAUAAUCAGACCGUGUUUCAGAUCAAAGAUUCACCUUCAGAGUUUCAGUUCAAACUCCAACCGGAAUCCAUUCCAAACGAUUUGCCGUUUUUAUACAGACCACCGUCCAUUGAACAUGUUCCUGCGGAGGUUGAACCGGAAACCGAAACUGAAAUUACUGCAUACAGCGAACCGUCAAUUGUGGAAGCUCAAAAAUUUGAUGAAGCAAAGCAGGAAGACACGAAAGACACCGUCGAUGACAAACUAUCUGUCCAAGCAACUGCUAUCACUAAAGACAUUCCAGCCAGUACAGUUAAAGCACCUGAAAUCGAUAUCGAGGAGCACGAAGAAGAAGAAACCGUAAUAACCGUUGAAGAACAACUGGAGGAAGAAGAGGAGGGUCGUCCCAGUCCGCUUCCCAUCAGUAGAUCGUCGGACGUCGGUUCGGACAUGGAUGGAAGGGACGACAGUUACUCUUUGGCACCGCCCCAACCGGCACCCAGAAAACGUCAGAAACCGGCCAGAAUAUCGAAGAGAGUUAAGACCUCGGAGAGCGAUGUCUCGAGUUCUGGCGAGAGCAGCAACUAUCAGUCCUGUGACUAUGAAGUUGGUAGCGGAAGCAGACUCAGUUCGUCCGACGUCGAGGCGAUGCAGUCCGCCGCGGGUGGCGUACAAUCCGGAACCGCUUCGGAGUACGAGACGGCGAUGAUGUCUGUCGAACAUGAGGCAACGUCGAAGACACUACCAACAUCGCAAGAGUAUCAGACUGCAGCGAGUACAUUGAGUUCUCACGAAUCCAUGAAGUCCUUGAAUUCUCUUAGUUCGGGCCAUCUCGGCAGCAUUGACAGUACCAGCGAACUGUCAGAGACCCUGGUACCUUCGGAGGAAGCCGACGUAGAUGCAGACGAGAUAGAUGAGAACCUGGAAAGCGCGUUGGACGCGGAUCAGGAGAUGGCCGAGGCGUCAGACUCUUCCGGUAGUGAAGAAAUACCAAUGGACGAUGCCAUGGACAAAAUCGACAGUCAUAUACCGUGUCGUAUGAAGCGUUCGUCCGAGAUGAUUUUCCAACAGAUCAUAGACGACAGCGUCAAUAUGGAGGCAGAGUCCAUGGGCGAAGUGUUGGAAGAAGAUCAGGUCAGAGUCGCGGACUCAGCCACUUCCGUCUCCAUGGAUGCGCCCGGGGUUCUUCAAUCCGUGGACAUAAUGACGUCGCGGGUAUCCGAGGACGGGAUUCAGAGCGUAUGCACACAGGUGAUAUCUACGCGAGUUGCUAGGCCCAGCGACAGCGAGGAGCUCGAAGAGGAAAAGGUGGAAGGUUUAGAACUGCAAAGAGAUACGAAGCUCGAAGAGGAAAAAGAUGCGGAUACGACGGAUGUGGAAAGGGUGGCGAGUCUAGAACAGAGAUCGGAUCACGAUAUGGCUGGAGACGAGGGUCUCGAACCGAUGACAUCCGUCCACUCUAUGCUGCAACAGGCCAGCAUGUCUUUAUCCUCGGCAUCAGGCAUGUCCUUCGACACGGUCGUAGAGAAUGUUACAGACAAGGACAAGUCUGAGCGUCAUUCACCUGACAGCGAUUCAUUUGAGCUCGUGGACAAGCCCGAUAUCAUGGACGACUUUGUGGUGAUCGAGGAAGUCGGGCGCGAAGCGGAGGAGUUCGAUGCCGAGGGUAAGAGCAUUCGCAUCAGCUCAGUACCUCAGACUACCAGCAAACAGUACGAUCGCGAUCUAGAAAACUUAAUCGCGAAGACUAAAGAGGACACGCAGGUAUCAACGAGUCAGGCGUCGAGGAACAACGAUCUAUUCGACUUCGAAACCGAGGAGAGCCCGCCCCAGGCGUCGAACGACGAUCAAUCUCAAUCCUAUUCGGACGAGGAGCAGUAUGAGAACAAGAAGUGGAUAGAGAUGCAGUUCCACGCGGAUGCAAGAGUCUACGAUAUCGAGUAUGACCGCGGACCGUUAGAGGACAUCAAGGAAGAGGAAGUUACCGAUUUCGAGGCCGGCAGCAGUAGACUUGGCAGUUUAGGCAGCCACAAGGAGUCCAUAGGCAGUGUGGGAAGUAUGCGCGGUAGCUUCGGUAGCACGCCGGACUACGACGUCCUAGGAAAGAAAUAUUUCACCAAGCCUACGGAUCACGACACCGUGUCCUUGACCUCGCUGCAGGAAUUCGAGCACUUGGAGAGCACCGUGGCGGCCGAGAACGCGCGAAAGUUACAAUCCGGCUCUCAAGAUUCCAGCAGCAACGGCAGUCUUCCGAGGAGAUACGUGACCAGUCGUUCGGGUCACGGUGACGACGUCUCGUUGUCCUCGCUAAAGGAUUUCGAGGGUCUGGAGAAGGCCUGCAGAGAGGCUCAUCUGAUGGAGGUGCGGGCCCGCGAGGAAGAAGAACUAUUGGAACAUGAGAGUCCGGAGAACAAAUAUAAAUUUGAGAAUCUGCCGCGUUCGAGAGCAGAGACCAGUGCGGCUGGCUCGGUCAAUCCUAGCACUUCCGGAUCGGACGAUUAUGAAAAGAGGAUAAAAGAGAUUGAUGAGAUAAUACGCAUCGCGCAGUCCAACGUGGAAAAACUCGAGCGGCAAGACGACACUACAGAGGAUAUCUCGCAGAUCGAGGGCACCGAUGCUGAGAGAGUUAGCGCUCAACCAAUUUCGGAAAUCCUUCCGGAGGAAACUGAAGAACUCGAUGAAGCACGAGCAGCGGCACAGAAAGAAAGCAAUAUUAUGGAGACCAGUACGGACUCUCUAGAAUUGGAAGAUACUGAGAAGAAAUAUCACCCACUGUGUAGAAGCUCCGAUUCCUUGGAGAUGAAAACGACUCUGGACCUUCCGUCCUUGAGCUCGGAUUCGUUGAACAAUAUAAAAGACACAAAGGAAACGCCGGAAACCGCCGAGCAAUAUGGUGCGAGACGCAUUUCCUCGGAUUCUCUUGAGAUGCCUUUGUUAGAGCAACAUGAUGUUGGAGCAUCCGAGAGAAGCAGCGGUAGCAACGGGCGACACGCAGAGGAAGAAACGGCGGUCGACCGUUCUGUCGGACGAACGUCUUCGACGGGAACGAGAAGUGACAAAAUGAAAACGUCACCAAGUAGCGGUACAUAGGACAAUUUUCGUGGAUAAGCGGACCAUCAGGAAGGAUUUUUGCCACGAUUUCAUAAACAUAUUACCGAAUAACUCAAGAAGCUUUAUAUGUAAAACACGAUAUUAAAUAUAAUGUACUAAAGAACUUGUGCAUUGUGGAUAUAAAAGAUAGUAUAACAUUUUGUCCUUGUUUUACGCGAUGUCUUCUGAUAACAUUUAUAUUAUGCUUAAGUAAGAUAGUUGCUAUCUUUAAAAUAUAAUAUUGUUGCGUGGGAUAAGGAGGUGGAGAAGACGCUUGCUUGUUUGUCAUUAUUAAAUUUGGACCGACAUAUUUGUUGUAAUAAUUCUUGCUCUAUAUUUGUUCAGGAAAAACGCAAACGAUCUUAACUGUUUUUGAAAUCUUUACAUACAAUUAAGUUGCAUUUUACACAUACUUUGAAGUGCUACUUACAUGUUGUACUUGUAUUAUAACGCGUACGACACUGUACUCUUAUAGCGUGUUUUAUAAACAUUUUGAUUAUGGGAUAUCUUUGUGGAUGCGCUUUCGUAAAAUUUUAUAAUAUAUUUGACGUACCUCGUAUCGUGUAAUGAUUUCAAGCGAUGUCUGCGAAACUUAAAAAUACAAUAAUGCUAUCUUAACGCAUGUUUACAAAGGAAGACAUAUACAUAAUAUCUAAAUAGAAAAUUUUAUAUGCGAAUAUAAUAUUUAGGACAACACACAUUAUGGAAAGUAGCAAAAUAUAUACUUUUCUAUUUAAAUAAUUCCAAUAAUUGUUUGAUAACUUAUUACAUUUGUUUCUCUUAUUAUAAAAAGUUACUGUACAUGUUAUCAAUUAUGUUUACACAUGUAUUGUAUAUUAUUACAAGUUAUAAUAAUGUGAUUUAAAAAGUUUGUUUCCUUAACAAUGAAAAUAUACAUCUGUGCAUUAUCUGAAUCUUAGUGCGCACGUUUAUUUAUUUUUCCUAUAAAUUGUAUUAACACAUCGGUUUGUACUAUGCAAAAGGAUACACUUUACACGAACAAACAAUAAACAAAUAGCGAACGUGCAAAAUUCCAUUA